UCAACGCAACUAUAUAGACUAUUUCUUACAAUGUUUUCCUGAACUGCCUCUUCUGGUGCACAAAAUCAUAAGGUCGACUGACUGGAAAACAAGACCUGAUGUCAAGAAACAUUUUACGAAUGCCAAGUUGGUUGAACAACCUGAAGAAAUCAAUGGAACGAAAAGUGAAGACAUAAAUGACGAUAUGGAUCUUGACGAUAUGCAGUUGCAAGAAUGGAAACACAUUGAUGAAUCAACAAAGCACAAAAAAUUGUUGUUAAAGCUAAUUAAUUGUGGGCAGCACCCUGAUAACAAGGUUGAAAAUGUGAACAAUGUACUGGUAAUUUUCUCAGACGAAUUUUGCAUUGGCAAAGGAAACGAUGGAACCCGUGUUUAUGUUGGACUAGGAAAGGAUGGUUAUGGAAAAGCAGUGAAACGAAUUCGUCGAGAUAGCUGCAUAAAAAUAGCAGAGAAUGAAAAGGAAAUUUUGAAUGAGGGAAACGCAAAGUACUCGCAAUAUGUUGUGAAUUAUUCCUACUACGAAGAAAAUCUUGGAACAGAACAUGUCUAUUUGAUACUUGACCUAUGUGAAGAAUCGCUGGAGAAUUUUGUAAAAUCUUCUACUUUGGAGGAUCUUCAAAAGUCUCUUCCCGAAAUUCUCAAGCAAAUUUUAAAAGGAUUAGCUGAUCUUCAUAGCGAACCAAAUCCUAUUCUUCAUCGUGAUUUAAAACCAUCUAAUGUUCUUCGAGAUGCACAAGGACAAUAUCUGAUAGCUGACUUUGGUAUUAGUCGUAUAUUGAAAAACGGCCUUAAGACACAUGUAAGUAAUGCUACUAAGGGAACUCACUAUUGGAUUGCUCCUGAAUCGUACGAUGUUGAUGAAGAGUCAUUUGAUAAAGCACGAUACAAACCAGAGUCUGAUGUAAUGAAUGCGGGAAUGGUGGCUUAUUUUGUUGCAACAAAAGGGAAACAUCUAUUUGGACCUCCAGAGUAUAGACUGAAAAACUUGUUAAAUGGAAACCCUGUUGGCUUAAAGGAAAUCAAGGAUGCUUCACUUGAAGAUCUUCUAUCAUGGAUGCUACAACGACAACCAGGAGACAGGCCAUCAGCUGAAGAAGCGCUAAAACACCCUUAUCUAUUAUCCCUUGAAAAGAAAUUUAGCAUGCUAUGUGAUAUGGGAAACCAACCGGAAAUAAAACAGUCACAAGGUCAAAGUUCUCCAAAUUCAGAUGUUAUUGCGCAAUUAUAUUCUCCCAUAGAAUGGAUGACGCGUAUCGAUGAUGAAGUCUUGAAAGAUUUCACAACCUUUAAAAAGAAUGGCAAAGACAUAACUCUGACUUACGAGCCUACAUGGGCAAGGUCUUUAAGAUUUAUAAGAAACGUGAAUGAACAUUGGAACGAUAAAUCUCGUACACAUCUGUUGCGUUAUGUCAAGGAAGGCAACUAUGUAGACUAUUUCUUGCAAUGUUUUCCUGAACUGCCUCUUCUGGUGCACAAAAUCAUAAGGUCGACUGACUGGAAAACAAGACCUGAUGUCAAGAAACAUUUUACGAAUACCAAGUUGGUUGAACAACUUGAAGAAAUCAAUGGAACGAAAAGUGAAGACAUAAAUGACGAUGUGGAUCUUAACGUAGAAAUUGAAAGAGUAAAUGGAAGAAAAAACAAAGAAAACCCAAGUUAUGACGUAUUUUUGAAAGGUGGAUUGGCUAUAGAAGAGGACGAAGAUGUUGCUCAAAGUCAAAAGCUGGAUUCUCAAGGCACAUCAUUCAAUAGAGGUGAAAAUGAAAACAGCUUGCAAAAUUUUGUGUGGAAUGUUGAUGACAUGAAAAGGUUGCGACGUUUUUUGGUGUUGGGAAGUGAAACACCCACGUUCUACAUUGACGAAAGAAAGCUAGCUAUAGAAAAUGCGAAAGCCCUUUCUAAUCUUUUGGAAGCAGGAAGGAGUGUUGAAGUUGUCAAUGAAAUAGAGAAGUAUAGCAUUGAAGGACGAACACCAAGGCAGCAGGCCAUCGUGUUUUCUCUCGCUAUUUGUGCCCGGAAGGGGGAUCUUGCCACGAAAAGAGAAGCAUACAAUGCUUUACCCAGAAUCUGUCGAAUUCCGACUCAUUUGUUUAUGUUUAUUGAGUUCUGCAAGUUGUUGAGUAAGCCUGGCAAAGGUUGGGGUCGUGCCCAUAGGAAUGCCAUAAAACGUUGGUACAAAGAAAAAGAUCCUUGGAAACUGGCCAUGGAUAUCACUAAAUACCAAAAGCAUGAAAGAUGGUCUCAUAGUGAUGUUGCAAGGUUAAUGCAUCUUAAUUCAGAAGGGACUGAUGUUUCUGAUGAGUUGUUUGUUAUAAUGACGUAUGUUGUUUGUGGUUGGCAGAAGCUUAAUGCUUAUUUUUUUCCACAAGAUGAAACAACAUCACGGCGUUCAAUUGGAGAGAAUGGCAAUGCACUUUUGGAGUUUUUUAGAGCAGUUGAGGAAGUAAAAACAGUGCAAGAGGAGGCAAGAGUGGUUGAAUUGAUAAAUCAACAUAAUCUUGUUCGAGAACAUAUUCCAACAUGUUUCCUUAAUUCCAAAGAGGUGUGGGAUGCUCUCUUAAACAAAAUGCCAAUGACGGCAAUGAUACGUAACUUAAACAAAAUGACUUCCAUUGGCUUGCUUGCUGAAGGAUCACCUCAGGUUAAAGAUGUUUGUAAUAAACUGUGCAACGAGAAUCAGUUAAGAAGUGCACGUAUCCAUCCAUUUAACAUGUUAUUGGCUUUGAAAACAUAUGAGUCAGGAAAGGGUAAGAAUGGUUCUCUGAAAUGGAAAGCCAAUGUGGAAAUCACCAAAGCAUUGGAGAAAGCAUUUUAUUUAUCAUUCAAGAAUGUUGCACCAACAGGAAAAAGUUACAUGCUAGCCAUGGAUGUAAGUAGUUCAAUGCAAUUCAGUGGAUAUAUUGGUGCAAGUAAAAUGAAACCUCACAUGGCUGCUGCUGCAAUGGCUAUGAUGACAGCAAGAACAGAAGAACAUCACAAAUUUGUUGCAUUUAGUGAUGAAAUAGUUCCAAUGGAGAUAUCCAGUAACAUGAAUUUGAAUGAAGUUUUAAAGAUUUGUAAUGAAAUUCGCAAGGGUGAUAAAGACUUUGCUCAGCCCAUGCUUUAUGCCCUUUACAACAAUUUAAAGAUUGAUGUCUUUAUUGUUUACACAGACUCUGAAUCAUAUUUUGGCGAUGUUCUACCAAGAGAGGCUCUCGCAAAAUAUCGUCACCAUUCAAAGAUUCAUGAUGCUAAACUCAUUGUGGUUGCCAUGACAUCAAAUGGCGUCACUUUGGCUGACCCAGAUGAUCCUGAUAUGCUUGAUAUAGUUGGCUUUGACUCUACUGCACCACAGGUGAUGAGAGAGUUUAUCUUGGGGAAUAUUUAA